AUGGAAUAUCACCCCACGAAGGACAUAAUCGAACUGGUAACCAAAUGUGAGACGUGCCAGGAAGCGCAACCAUCACAACCUUCCGAGCCGCUAUUCCUACAUGCAAUACUUCAUAGGCCAUGGCACACACUCGCGUCGGAUCUGUUCGAAUAUGAUGGAUUGCACUACCUUGUCUUAGGGGAUUACUAUACGAAAUUUCCCUUUGUUCGAAAUAUGCCGUCGCAUUGCCCAAGCCGAACUGUGAUCGCCACUAUAAAACAGAUCUUCGGGGAGCACGGAAUUCCUAAACGUGUCUUGAGUGAUAAUGGUCCCCACUACAACAAUCAAGAAUACCGAGCAUUCGCCGCACACUGGGGAUUCGAGAUCGUCACCACCUCUCCACGCAGACCCAAAGGAAAUGGUUUCAUGGAGAGAACUUUACAAACUGUGAAGCACACGCUCAAGAAGGCAAAUGACACUAACACCGAUUUUGACCUUGCUCUACUGAUGCUGAGGGCCAUCCCGAUCAGUAACAAGCUUGACAGUCCUGCAGAACUGCUAUUCAGUAGGAAACUACAGACAAUUCUGCCCGCCGAGCCAACGAACACAUUUAAUAACAAAGACGACAUCCACACGGAACUUCCAUCUCGCCAACAGACGCAGAAUUUCUGCCAUGACAGAACCGCGAGAAAAUGUGAUCUACCUCACUUACAGCCCGGUCAAAUUGAAAAUGUGUGCAUUCAGCACCCCGAAACUCAGAAGUGGAACCCUGCGACAUUUCAAUCGAAGUGUGACCAAUUCCCCGCUCAUAUAUCGUUCAGACACCUAACGGUCAUACACUGCGCAGAAAUCGUCAACAUAUCCGCGAAGUUCCACAAGACAUAG